AUGACGUUUCAGAAUAUUGCUUCUCAUUUAAUGUGUGUUAAUUUUUCAGAGCAGAAGCGAAGGUUGAAAGCCAACAGCCGUGAGUAUAACGACCAAUUUCACUAUGUGAAUAAUCGCAUCCAGACAUACAAGUAUAAUGUCUUAACUUUUCUACCCAUAAACUUGUUCGAGCAGUUCCAGCGGGCUGCGAACGCCUACUUUUUAUCCCUCCUGAUUUUACAGCUGAUCCCUGACGUAUCCGCCUUAUCUUGGUUUACCACCAUUGUUCCUUUAGUGCUGGUUCUGAGCGUUACAGCUGUGAAGAAUGCUACAGAUGACUAUUUUUGUCAUAGGAGGGACAAACAGGUGAACAGCCGGCAGGCCAGAGUGCUCAUUGGUGGGAAGUUGCAGAAUGAAAAAUGGAAGAAUGUCAGAGCUGGAGACAUCAUUAAAUUGGAAAACAACCAGUUUGUGGUUGCUGACCUGUUACUCCUUUCGAGCAGUGAGCCGCACGGCCUCUGUUACAUUGAAACUGCUGAGCUUGAUGGUGAAACCAACUUGAAGGUGCGGCAGGCGUUACCGGCCACCUCUGAACUUGGCGAUGAGAUUAGCAAACUUGCAAGAUUUGACGGAGAAGUUGUCUGUGAAGCGCCGAACCAUAAGCUGAAUCAGUUUUCAGGAACUCUUUCCUGGAAUGAAGAGAAUCAUCCUCUUACUAAUGAAGAGGUGCUAUUGCGGGGCUGUGUAUUGAGAAACACGGAUUGGUGCUUUGGAAUGGUUAUUUUUGCAGGCCCUGACACUAAAUUGAUGCAGAACAGUGGCAAAACUCGACUUAAACGAACAAGCAUUGAUCAACUAAUGAACUCUUUAGUGUUGUGGAUUUUUGGACUUCUGAUAUUCAUGGGAAUCAUUCUAGCGAUAGGAAAUUCAAUCUGGGAGCAUCAGGUUGGAGUACAUUUCAGAAUUUACCUGCAGUGGAACAACGUGGCGAACAGUUCUGUAUUUUCAGGAUUUCUAACAUUUUGGUCGUACGUUAUCAUACUCAAUUCAGUUGUGCCGAUUUCCUUAUAUGUGAGUGUGGAAGUGAUUCGUCUUGGACACAGUUACUUCAUCAACUGGGAUCAUAAAAUGUACUUUGCCAAAGAAGAUGUUCCCGCUGAGGUCCGGACUACAACUCUCAGUGAAGGGCUGGGACAGAUUGAGUACAUUUUUUCAGACAAAACAGGGACGCUCACUCAAAACAUAAUGACUUUUCAUAAGUGUUCGAUUAAUGGGCAUAUAUUCGGUAAGCAUAAAGGUUUUAGGAAGCAUAAUUUACAGCAAAUGCCGGUGGAUUUCUCCUUUAGCCCAUUAGUGGACAGUAAAUUUAGCUUCGAUGACCACCGUCUGUUUGAGUCCGUUAGAUUCGGGGACCCGCAAGUUCAUGAAUUCUUUAGGCUGCUUUCUCUCUGCCAUACCGUGAUGCCUGAAGAGAAACCUACAGGUGAACUGAUUUACCAAGCUCAGUCACCAGAUGAAGGCGCUCUAGUAACUGCUGCCAGGAACUUUGGAUUCGUCUUUAAAUCUCGGACCCCCGAGACGAUCACAGUGGAAGAAAUGGGUGCACUUGUGACUUACCAGCUCUUGGCAAUUUUGGAUUUCAACAAUACCAGGAAAAGAAUGUCUGUAAUUGUUCAAAACCCACGUGGACAGAUAACACUUUAUUCUAAAGGAGCAGACACUAUUUUAUUUGAGAGACUUCAUCCAUCCAGUAAAGAUCUCAUGUUUUUAACAUCGGACCAUCUUGCGGAGUUUGCUGGAGAAGGCCUUCGAACUUUAGCGCUGGCGUACAAAAAUGUGAGCGAAGAGGAAUUUCAGGAGUGGUUUAAAAUAUACGAGGAGGCAAACGCUUCACCAGAUAGAGACGAAGACCUGGCUUUAGCAUACGAGGAAAUUGAAAGAGACCUGAAAUUACUAGGUGCCACUGCUAUAGAAGACAAAUUGCAAGAAGGAGUUGUAGAAACCAUUGCUAGCUUAUUGCUGGCCAACAUUAAGAUCUGGGUCCUGACAGGAGACAAGCAAGAAACGGCGAUAAACAUUGGUUACUCCUCUCGCAUGCUCACGGAUGCCAUGGAUGCAAUUUUCAUAGUGGAGAGUCACACAAAGAAGGACGUGUCCGCAGAACUUAGGAAAGCAAAAGACCACAUGUUUGUCCUAAACAGCAGACGUUCUGCUGAUGAAAAUCUCCAAGAUCUAAGGCAAGGCAUGGAAGAAGUUGUUAUUGGUGAUUACGCGUUAAUAAUAAAUGGACAUAGCCUUGUCCAUGCACUUGAGGUCGAUCUGGUAAAUGAGUUUUUGGAAGUUGCUUGCGCUUGUAAGACAGUGAUCUGCUGCAGGGUCACGCCGUUGCAGAAAGCGCAGGUGGUGGAUCUGGUUAAGAAACGCAAGAAAGCCAUCACCUUGGCUGUCGGGGAUGGAUCCAACGAUAUUGGCAUGAUCAAAAAUGCUCACAUCGGCGUCGGCAUCAGUGGCCAGGAGGGGAGGCAAGCUGUUUUGAACAGCGAUUACUCCAUUGCUCAGUUCAGAUACCUUCAGAGGCUCCUGCUAAUACAUGGCCGGUGGUCCUAUUUUCGAAUGUGCAAGUUCUUGUGCUAUUUCUUCUACAAAAAUUUUGCCUUCACGCUGGUGCACUUCUUGUUUGGUUUCUUCUGUGGCUUUUCAGCUCAGGCUGUUUAUGACCAGUGGUUUAUCACCCUAUUCAACAUCGUAUAUACCUCUCUGCCUGUGCUAGCGAUGGGAUUGUUUGACCAGGAUGUGAACGAGCAGGAGUGCCUUGAUUUCCCAAAGCUGUAUCAACCUGGGCAGCGAAAUCUCUUGUUCAACAAGCGCAAAUUUUUCAUCUGCAUAGCACAUGGAAUCUAUACCUCUAUUGUUCUGUUCUUCAUCCCAUAUGGUGUGUUUUAUGACGCUGCUGGAGACGACGGGAAACACGUUGCUGACCACCAAUCUUUUGCUGUCACAGUUGCAACCUCUUUGAUAAUAGUAGUCAGUCUUCAGAUUGCCUUGGAUACCAGCUACUGGACAGGAAUCAAUCAUUUCUUCAUAUGGGGUAGCAUUGCUGUGUACUUUGCAGUCCUGUUUGUAAUGCAAAGCAAUGGAAUUUUUGAUCUGUUUCCAGGCCAUUUCCCAUUUGUAGGAAAUGCUUGGAGCUCCCUCGGCCAAUUAAAUGUCUGGCUUGCCAUUUUCUUGACUACUGUGGUUUCAGUCAUGCCUGUGAUAGCAUUUCGUUUUGUGAAGCUGGAUUUGUGGCCAACGCUGAGUAAUCAGGUACGUCUGUUGCGCCGAGCUAAAAAGAAACAGAGACCCUUACAAAGAUAUAUGCAGCAGAUGCGCAGAUCCAGCUCACGAAGGUCCGCGUAUGCUUUUGCUCAUCAAGAGGGCUUUGGGGAACUCAUAACAUCUGGAAAAAAUAUGCGCAUCAGUCUAGAUUCAACACAAAAAGUUCUUCCGAAUAGAUGGAUGGAGAACUUGCGUAACAGACCAUCUGAUACCACGAGCAAUUUCAGCUGUGAAAAGCCUGUUCUGUGA